ACAGCCAAAACCUCCACUUCCCCUGUAUCACACUCGCCUUCCACUCUCAUUCCUCCAAAAACGUCCACACCACACACCACCAGCUACCCCUCCACCACCAGCAGAGGCACUGGGACCCCCAUGACGCACAGCAUCACCACCACGGCCUUACCCACACCCACCAGCUCCCACACCUCGCUCACCACACACUCAACCCCUAAGGUCCCUGUGCCCACCACCUCCCACACAUCGCUCAACACACACUCCACACCCACGGUCCCUGUACCCACCACCUCCCAAACUACACCUCCACCUUCGGAAACAUCCUUCCAGACCACCACCAUCUUCCCGACUCCGUCAAUGCCACUGACCCUUCCCAUCCAUCUGUCAACGUCUGCCACCUCCCCGGGGACCCCAACCUCUCACCAAGCUCCCAGAACCACAUACACACACUCUUCGUCCACCACCACACCGCCCACAGGCACCACACUGACAUCUACCCCCCUGAAGACCACGGGAACGGCACCAAUACCCACAGCCCCGCCACUCACCACCAUCACGAAUGGGACCACCCACGGCCCCAGCUCACUCAGCACAGCCAAAACCUCCACUUCCCCUGUAUCACACUCGCCUUCCACUCUCCAUCCUCCAAACACGUCCACACCACACACCACCAGCUCCCCCUCCACCACCAGCAGAGGCACUGGGACCCCCGUUACCCUUAUCGUCACCACCACGGCCUCACCCACACCCACCAGCUCCCACACCUCGCUCACAACACACUCCCCCCGUACGAUCCCUGUGCCCACCACCUCCCACACUACACCUCCACCCACGGAAACAUCCUUCCGGACCACCACCAUCUUCCCGACUCCAUCACUGCCACAGACCCUUCCCAUCCAUCUGUCAACAUCAGCAACCUCCCUGGGGACUCCAACCUCUCACCAAGCUCCCAGAACCACAUACACCCACUCUUCGUCCUCCACCACACCGCCAACAGGCACCACACUGACAUCUACUACUGUCAACACCUCGGGAACGGCACCCACACCUACGGCCCCACCACUCACCACCAUCACGACUGGGACCACCCACGGCCCCACCUCACUCAGCACAGCCAAAACCUUCACUUCCCCUGUAUCACACUCGCCUUCCACUCUCCAUCCUCCAAAUACAUCCACACCACACACCACCAUCUCCACCUCCACCACCAGCAGAGGUACUGGUACCCCCAUGAUGCACAGUGUCACCACUACGGCCGCAGCGACGCCCACCAGCUCACACACCUCGUUCACCACACACUCCACCCCCACGGUCCCUGUGCCCACCACCUCCCACACUACACCUCCAGCCACGGAAACAUCCUUCCGGACCACCACCACCUUCCCGACUCCGUCACUGCCACUGACUCUUCCCAUUCACGUGUCAACAUCUGCCACCUCCCCAGGAACACCAAGUACUCACCGAGUUAAUUCCACCACACCACUAAGUCAUUCUUCUCCCUCUCCUCUCAGCUCUAGCUUGAACCCUGCCUUAUCUUCUCCAACGUCCCCGAAGUCAAGCCCUACCUCUUGGUCCACGUCUGCAACUGUGUUUAAUUCUCCACGUUCCUCAUCUUCCUCAUCUAACACCUCCCCUCACCUCUUCCCGUACACUCCUUCCUCUUUCACUCCUCACGUUUCAUCAGACACGUCUCCUUCCUUCAUAUCAUCUUUGCCUCCAUCUUCCGCAGGCUCCCCCACAAGUACUUCCGGUCCCCACAGUGCCUCUUCCCCUGGACCCCAGAGCACAUCAAGCACAGCCUCUCAGUCCAGUGUCUCCUUUUCCCCUUACACCUCCACUCGUGUCCCGUCCUCUCCCUUCACUUCCACUUCUCCCCUGCGCAGCACAACCCUUCCCUCAGCCUCACCCACCCUGUCCCUUGUCCCCAAUUCCACCACCAUAGUCUUUCUGUCCACCGCUCAGACCACGGCCAGCACCCCUGCCUCCCCGACUGCGUCCUCUCAGUCCACUACAUCACAAUUCACCUCUCUUACCACUGAUGCCCCUAUACAUGGCCUCGUGUCUUCCACGCUGGGGGUGACAGCUGUACCAAGUUCCCCAGCCACCAACCUCACCACCAGACCACCCAGCACUACUGGGCUGCUGACCACUCUAUUCCUGACCAGCUCCAUCACUGAGCCUGGAAGCUCCUACUUCCCCACUGCCACGUCCUUUCCCACUGAGAGCCACCCUGCCUCCUCUCUCAUCACGUCUCUACCCAGCUCCCUUGGUACUGGGCCUAGCAGACCAGAGACACCUAUGCCCACAGGGAACUGCAGCGUGAGGGAGGUUCAGGAGGAGAUCACUUACCAGGGGUGCACAGCCAACGUGACAGUGACCCGCUGUGAGGGUGUCUGCGCCUCCUCGGCUAGCUUCAACACCGACACCAUGCAAGUGGACACCCACUGUAGCUGCUGCCACCCCCUCAGCUCCCAUGAGAAGCAGCUCGAGCUGCCCUGCACAGACCCCAGGGCGCUGGGACAGCGGCUGGUGCUCCCCCUGCAGGUGUUCAGCAGCUGCGCGUGCCGCCCCCGGCGCUGUGGAGAUUAGAGGAGCAGCUCCCGAAACCCUCCCCUGGGGCACAAGGCCCCACUUGGGGCUUGCCUGGGCCCUGAGGAGAAAGGGGCUGCGGGCCGGGUUCCCGUAGCUCCCACCAAACCUGCCGGCCGAGCCCACCGAUUGUCCACCCAGCCUCCCAGCCUUUGAAGGCAGCCUUCCGGUCCUGCUGGGACCUGACCCCAGGGUGGGAGUGGAGAGGAAGGCUGCUUCAGAGGGGGUUCCUGAGGAAAGGGGGGCCCCAAGCAGGGGCGAGCAGGGAAGAGGCAGAGGUCACAGCGAGGAGAGGGGCUGUGCAGUCAGGG